UACGAAAUGUACGUAAGUACAAAUAAUAUAGUUAUAGUGUAUUUUUUUCAUUUUGAAUUUAUUAUGAAUUCAUUAUAAUUAUAAUUAUAAAAAAUAAAUAAUUAUUAUUGGCUAAAUAAAAAGAGUAAGAGAAAAUAAGAGCAGACAUAGAGCAAGAGAAAGAGUGUCAGAGCAGAGGAAGGUGAAAAAGGAAGACACAUGGGAAAAUAGAAAAGAAAAAAUUAUUAUUUGAAGUUUAUAAGGGACUACACACAAACACAUACCUACAACUAACUGUAUAACACUGCCAUUUUUAAAUUAAUACAUACGUAGGUAUACUAUGAAAAUGUUAAAAAAUAUAAUUCGAUUCGAAAAAUUCGAAAAAUGAAUAAAAUUAAAUGCGAAAAUUUUAAAAUAAACUUUUAUUAAAAUUUUACCAAUUACUUAUUAUACGUAUAUAAAAAUGAAAAUUUGGAAGAAAUAUCAAUGAUAUUAUUAAUAAUAAAUUGGAAUAAAAUUGAGAUGAAAUUAAAAAAGGAGUAAAAAUAAUAAAGGAUAUUGUGUAUAUAUAAGAGAAGGAAACAAAUGAUAUUAUAUAAGAGAAUUGAAAUUAUAAAAAUAUGACAAGAAUACUGCAUUCAGGAUUUUAUUGUUUAUGGUUUUUUUAUUUAACACACGGAUAUAUAAAUAUAUUUAUGAGUCAUAAGGAAGUUAAAAAAUUAAUGGACCUAGAAGCCGAUAUAUUCUAUGUACAUCAAGGAAAUAUUAAUAAUUAUGUUAUACAAUUUCGUAUACCAUUAAGUUCCGACCAUGAGAACAUUAUAUUUUCCUGGGAAAGUUUAACUUCAUAUCCUCUAUUAUAUCAACUAACAGUGCAUUAUGAAAUUGAAAAACAGAAUGCAUUAGGUAUACCACAAAUAAGUAUACCAGCUGAAGGAUAUGUACCACAACGUAUUGAAACAUUUACAAUACAUUUACCAUGUACUGGUAAUGUGUCACUUCAAGUACCACUUAAAAUUCAUAUGUUCGUUAAAGGACCACCCAGACAAAAUGAUAUUAAAUUGAAUUUUAAAGCAAAAAAGAAUUGUCUAAAAGUUGAUCAUCCUAUACAACGCAGUAAUAACAAUAAUAAUAAUAAUAAUAAUAAUAAUGACAAUGAAGAAAAUAAUCAAAACCAUAAUAGCCGCGAAACAAACAUAUCACCAAAAUUGGAUCUGAAUUUAAUUGAAUUAUCAUCACAGGGACCUGAAAUGUUUGGAGCGGUAACAUGUGCUUUAGGUUUAGUAAUUGGAUUAUUAGCAAGUGCAAUGUAUAUAAGAGCAAGAAAAAAAUUUCGGCAGGAUUCAUUAAAUGCUAGCUUAAGUGCAACCGAUAUGUAUGAAAAUCAUCAAGAAACAUUAAUUAAAUUGGAUUCAACAAGUAAUCGUAGGCCUUCAAGUGUUAAUAGUGAUUCAUAUGCAACAAUUACAAGCCUAAAUAAAUUUCCAUUAGCUGAAUAUAAAAAAUCAUGGCUAAAAGGUUAUUCAACGCCAUCACCAUAUGCAACGGCAUUAUUACCAAUGGGUAAUCAUCAAAUUGCUGAAACAAUUUAUUCAAAACCAGAAUCGGUUUAUCAAUCGGAUGAUGUGGCAUAUUAUGCUUCAUCUAAUGUCCCUCAGCAGUAUGUAAUGCCAACACCAAAAAUUUAUAAUAAUCCAAUAGAUGUUAAAGAAAAAAUACGUAAAAUACCAAGUAUACAACCUGGUAUGUUAGAAACAACAAAAAUAAUAAAAGAGGGUAUGUUUGGUAGAAUUUAUGCUGGGCAAUUAGGUGAUUCAUGUAAAAUUUUAAUUAAAACUGUUAUUGAUGGUGCAUCAUUAACACAAGUUGGUUGUUUAUUAUCGGAUGCUUCAUUAUUAGUUGGUAUAUCACAUCAAAAUAUAUUAUCACCAAUGUUAGCAUGUACUGAAUUACCAGGACCACCAGAAAUUGCUUAUCCAUAUCCAGAGAAUGAAAUAUUAAAAAUUUUCCUACAAAAAUCAAAAGAAACAAACACUCCAAUUAAUACAAGGCAAUUAGUUGAAUUCGCUUUAAAAAUUACAAAAGGAUUAUCAUAUUUGCAUAGUAUAGGAAUUAUUCAUAAGGAUAUCGCUACAAGGAAUUGUUUCUUGGAUGGUGAUUUCAAUGUAAAAAUCUGUGACAGUGCUUUGUCAAGGGAUUUAUUUCCGGAUGAUUACCAUUGCCUCGGGGAUAAUGAAAAUCGUCCAAUUAAAUGGAUGGCAUUGGAGACAAUUCAAAAACGUAUUCAUACAUCAACAAGUGACAUUUGGAGUUUAGGUGUAUUAUAUUGGGAACUUAUAACAUUAUCAAUAAAUCAACCAUUCGAAGAAGUUGAUAUAUUUGAAUUGGGACCAUAUUUAAAUGAUGGUUUCCGUUUGGGUCAACCAGUUAAUUGCCCUGAUGAAUUUUAUACUGUAAUGUCAUGUUGCUGGUUAGCUGAUCCAAAACAACGUCCAUCAUUAAAUCAAUUAAUUGCAUUUUUAACAGAUUUUCAUGAUGAUUUAGGAAAAUAUAUUUAAAUUAUAAAAUUAAAAAUAUUUAUAAAUAAUAUUAUAUAUAAAAUAAUUCCAGAUUAAUGUUAUUGUAUGUAUAUAGUACAGAAAUGGCAUUAUUCAAUUUGACGUUACGAGAUCAAAAGAGAAAAUCCUGGAAAUUUAUAAUCGAUCUAAAAGCACUCUUAAUCAAAAUAAAAUAAAAAUACAAAAAGGAUUUCAAUUAAUCUGGAAAUUAAAAUUUUAAAAUAAAAUAUAAAAUUAUUGUGAUAUUUAUUUCAAUUUUAAUACAAUAUUCAAUUUAAUUAAUUUAUUUUUUAAAAAAUGUAGCUAAAAUUUUUUUUUAUUAUUUCAUUAUUAAAUUUUUGUGUAGAUAGGAAGCUUUUAAUUGAAUUUCUUAAAAUUUUAUUCUAUAAUAUGUUCCAAUUAGAGAAGGGAGAAAAGCAAGUUCAUACAAAAGGUUUGAUACAAACAGUUUGAUACAAAUAGGGCAUUCAAACAUAA